UUUUUACCAUCAUUUGGGACUGAUGGAAUUAAACUAUUUUUCUCAUUGGAAUUUGUAUUUGCAGGAGGUUUCUUUUUUUACUUUGUUAUGAUAUAGCAAAUAGUCAAAUAAAUUACCUUUAUCUUUUGCUUCUAAUCUUAGCAAAAAAUCAUUAGGUCUACAUAUAUAUUUAAAACUUUGUUUGAAGUAGUAGUUGACAUUUCUUACAUUCGUACCACUCACUAUAAUUUUUAAUUGUUUGAUAACUUUAGAGUUUUGAAUAACUGAUAACAAUCCACUCACGUGAUUGUCUUUUUGCUGAAAAAGUAUGAUUUAUUUUAUGGGAAUGGUGAAAUAACCGAUCCAAAACACACAUAAGAUGGCGUUUGAGAUGUAAGUUUUAUUGAGCCAAUAAUAGGAAAAUCAUUCAGAUGAUCUCAGUUGCGAUCAUAUUUCACCGCUGAGUCCACCGACCAUGUUUGCUGCACAUUUCCUCAAACUUAAUGGUUUUCAUGUUAUGCAAAUUUUUGUAUAAUAUUGUACAAGUGCAUGCUCUCUUAAUUAUCACUUACCUUUGAGGUGAAUUUGGCAGUUGUUGUACAGCAUUUCCUUUCAUUCCCUGCUAUAUACAUAUAUAUCAACAAUUAAGGAAGAGACUGGUUCAUUUAUAUGGGCUUUCUGUAGCAUAUUAGUUUGUUCUUAUUUAUCAAGCUUUACUAUCCAAGUCCCAGGAUUAGUGUCUGUGUCAGAAACUGAUCACUCCAAACAGGAAACAUCUAGUCUUUUUGUCUCCAUGGUAUCCCAAUCUCGUCAAUGCUAUCUCCGAGAGAUUUUUCAGCACCAGAUGGAUGAAAAAGACACCAGCAAGAUGCUGAAGGUAGUUUUUGACAAAAAAAGGAUAGGAGAUGAUAUAAUUUCAUCAUUGGUCUCUUUUGAUGCACUAUGAUUUGCUAUAUAAAGAGAGAAACAAAGGGUUAUUAUACUCUACUCACACAGGAAGCCUUUGUUUCUCUCUAUAUAGCAAAUCAUAGUGCAUCAAAAGAGACCAAGAUUACUCUAGCCGUUAAACAAAUCUUACCCCACGUUCCUUUAGCCGUUGAUAUCGUCCCUUGGUCACUUCCUGAACCAUAUCUUGUCAAUGAAAAAGCUAACCUCGUGUGGCCUCUGACUCUGAUCAUAUUCAUUUCUUUUUGUUUUUUUUGUUUGGUAAAAAAACAUUUCUUUUUGUUUCAUUCUUAAAUAUAUUUAUUACUGAAUAACAUAAGAAUUCUAUAAGAAAAAUGGAUCAUUAAAUUGACCAAUAGCAUAUCAUACUUUAAUUUUUCGCUAUUUUCAAUGGAUAAUAUAAUUUAACCAUUUUUAAUCACUAAACUACUAUAUAUAUUUAUAUUUUGAUCCAUAAAAUUGUAAUUAUAAUAUAUAAAUACGUGUUUCAAAAAAAUAUAUAUAAAUACGUACUCCGAUACCUUUAUGUUGAAAACAACAUGUUUAUAAACUAUAAUCAGUAACUGUUUAUUCGGUUCGGAUUUAGCUUCUCUGUGGGGUAAGGAGUAAUGUCUCAACAAAUCUAUAUAAGUACCAACCAAAUGCCAAAGUAUGUCAACCACUUAUAACAAAUAUACAUUAGCCCUAUUUAUUUAUUUGUUGUACUACUUAAACCCAUCCAUGAUCCACCAAAAACAAAUUGUAAGUCUUUUUAACAUCAAAAUCAUUACAUUCUCAAACUUAUGGUGUUCCACUAUCUAAUUAAAGCUUAAAUCACAACCCUAAAAGGUAAUUCAUCUCUUAAUUUCACUUUAAAAUUCAACUUGAAGAAUCUAAAUAUUGAUACAAAGUGGAACACUUCUUUGUUUCUUGAGUGGAUCUAUUCACAUUUUUUAGAACACAAACACGUGUUCAACAACGAGUGGCCCUAUAAUGCAAAUAAGAAUUUGAGGGACUCCAUUAAAGGAGAAGAAAGAAACCUCUACUGAAUUGCACGUCUCUCUCUUCUGCAACUAACUCCAUUAAAUACACACAACAAUAAGAAGAGGCACUUAUACCAAAUUCAUCAUCAUCUCUGUUACCCAACUAAAUCAUAACCACACACAUAAAACAUAGCAAAUUUAAUAAAAAAAUAUAUUUGUUAUAUAUAAACAUUCACUUGCCAUUUAGUCUCUACACAAAGAAGCAAACCACCAAAUCAAAUGGCUGCUCCAUCAUCACUAAUAGCUCUCAAGAACCCAAGAUUCCUCACUUCUUCUCCUCACAAUAUCUUCAAUACCAAACAAAAAACCCUAAUCUUGACAACACAUAUGAAGACUUGUUCCAUCGUUUACUCAUCUUCUUGCACAAGCAUUAACUCUUCAACAACUCAACAUAAGCAACCCCUUGUUUUAGACAACAAACAAGAAGAAGAAGAAGCAGAACUCGAAGAAGAAGAAGUGAAUCUUGGAUCAAUUUGGAGAGAAGUACAAGGUUGUAAUAACUGGGAAGGACUACUAGAUCCAAUGAACAACCAUCUUAGAAGAGAGAUCAUACGUUACGGCGAGUUUGCUCAAGCUUGCUACGACUCAUUCGACUUUGAUCCUCACUCCAAAUACUGCGGCUCUUGCAAGUAUCAUCCUUCAGAUUUCUUCUCAAACCUUGACCUAAAUCUCCACAAGGGCUACACCAUAACACGUUACCUCUACGCAACUUCCAACAUCAACCUCCCAAACUUCUUCCAAAGAUCAAAACUCAGCUCUAUUUGGAGCCAACAUGCAAACUGGAUGGGUUACAUUGCUGUAGCUACGGACGAAGAAGAGGUGGCUAGACUCGGGAGACGUGACAUAGUCAUCGCUUGGAGGGGCACGGUCACUUAUCUCGAAUGGAUCUAUGACUUGAAAGACAUUCUUUGUUCAGCUAACUUUGGUGAUGACCCUUCAAUCAAGAUUGAACUAGGGUUUCAUGACUUGUACACCAAGAAAGAAGACUCUUGCAAAUUCUCUUCCUUCUCGGCUAGAGAACAGGUUUUGUCCGAAGUCAAACGUCUUAUUGAGUACUAUGGUCAAGCAGGUCAUGAGAUAAGCAUCACCGUGACAGGUCACAGCCUCGGUGCAGCUCUUGCUUUGGUCAGUGCUUAUGAUGUCGCUGAGCUAAACUUGAAUCACAUACCGGACAACAACACUAAAGUACCGGUGAGUGUGUUCUCCUUCUCAGGACCUCGUGUAGGUAACUUGAGGUUCAAGGAACGAUGCGAAGAGCUAGGUGUCAAAGUUUUGAGAGUGAUAAACGUGCAUGACAAGGUACCUUCAGUUCCAGGGAUAUUCGCAAACGAGAAGUUUCAGUUUCAGAAAUAUAUCGAGGAGGCAACAUCAUUCCCAUGGAGCUACGCACACGUUGGCACAGAGCUUGCCUUAGACCACAAGAAAAGCCCGUUUCUGAAACCAACUAAGGAUUUGGGCUGUGCACAUAACCUAGAAGCUUUACUUCAUUUGGUGGAUGGAUAUCACGGAGGAGAAGAAGGAGAAGAGAAGAAGUUUUGUUUGGUGACGAAGAGGGACAUAGCUUUAGUGAACAAGAGUUGUGACUUCCUAAAAAGUGAUUAUCACGUACCGCCUUGUUGGAGACAAGACGAGAACAAAGGGAUGGUUAAGACCGGAGAUGGUCGGUGGGUUUUGCCUGAUCGACCACGGCUCGAGCCUCAUCGACCAGAAGAUAUCACACAUCAUCUUCAAAAAGUUCUUGGCACGUCUAACGACGAACCUAAACUCUUACAUUAACCUCGCCACUUAAUACUGAACCCCAAUUAAUAAACUCAAACCCAAAUAUGAAAUAUUUUUUAAAAAAACUUUAAUUAAUGAUAUUUUGAAUUUUUUUCUUUUGUGUGCUAUUUGGAAAUAAAAUAUGUUUUAUUGUUAUCUUUUGGUAUUUUUAAGAUAAAAUCACAAUUAAUAAUUAAAAAUAGUCAAUCAUAUGAGAAUAGGCUUUGUUGAGGUUUGUGAAUGCGCAAGGAUCCAAUCUGUCUGUUACGUUUGAUAUGUGGACCAAAGGUGUAUAAUAAAUUGAACAUGUUAAUUAA